AUGAUGAAAUUUACUAAGCAGAAUUUUAUUUUUUUAGUUGGUGGAAUUAUAAUUUAUGUAGUUGAUAUUGGAGUGGACUUCUGGGUAGCUAGUAAAUAUUUCUGUCAAGGACAAUACCGUUGGGGUAUACUGAUACUGUGUUUUAGAGGUCUUUCAUCAUUAAUAACUCAGGUAUUCAGUUAUGAGUGGUUUAAAAAUGACUGGGAAGGUACUGAUACUGGGAAGCUGAAAUGGAUUUUUCUAGCUCAUCUCUUUCAGUGUGGAAUUUUUAUAAGGUAUUGGUUUGCUUUGAAGUAUGGCUGCCAAGCUGCAUUUAAACAAAAAAGUAGCGGAGAUGCAUCAGAAACAGACCCUCCCAACUUCAUUCAAAAACAAGCUGUUGAUGCAGUGGCUGAUAUUAACAUGCUCAGGGUAUUCAAGACUUUUCUUGAGACCACACCACAGCUUUUUGUCCAGAUUUACAUCCUCAUGGAACAUGGCAAAAAUAAUUUCUGUCAAUAUGCUGCCAUUAUUACGUCUUUUUGCAGUAUCUCCUUUUCAACAGUUGAUUAUCAGAUAUCAUUACGAAAAUCUCUGCCUGAUAAAGAUGAAUUUCGUGUGCUUCCCAAGCUAGUGUAUGUCUUCUAUAAACUGCUUACCAUCACUUCUUGGAUACUCAGUAUUUCACUGAUGACUCUACUAAAUGUUAGAAGUUCUGUAAUUCUGCUGAUAUUUCUUUGGAUCUGUGGCUUCACCUGGACUUUCAAACAACAUACGACAUUUUGCAAAUCUAAGAAAAUGGAAUAUCUGUACAGAACUGUUGUUGGAAUCAUUCUAAUUUUUACCUUUUUUAACAUAAAGGGGAGAAAAACAAAAGUUUGCAUUUCUAUUUAUUAUGCUACUCACACUAUUAUAACUCUAGGUAUUUUGUUUGUAUAUAUGUUCUGGAAACCUUCCAUUAUCAAGGAAAUACAUUUUACAAUUGUAAGCAUCCUAACUAUUCUUAGUCUGGUGUUAGGUAUUAUUUUUCUUGUUGUUUAUUAUAGACUUUUUCAUCCCACUGCUUAUUGCAGACCACAGGCAUGUUCAGAUGAAGUUGAUGGACAGGCAGGACAAAGAGAUAGAGUGGAAAUUGGUAGAUUUCAAAAUUUCAUAAUGCAAUGA